AUGCUUCCCGGGAUCUCGAUCUCCACGGCGAUCGCCGAGAAGGAGUCUAUAUAUGAGAUCCUCCAGGAGAACGGAUUGCCCUUGGGGAUAUUUCCGAAAGGCGUGAAAGAAUUCAGCUUUGACGGCAAAACGGGACGAUUCUCCGUCUUUUUGAAUCAGUCCUGCGAUGCCAAAUACGAGACGGAGCUGCACUACAACGCGAACAUCACGGGAACGAUAGGUUUUGCUCAAAUCGAGGAUUUGUCGGGAAUCUCAGCGCAGGAGCUCUUCCUCUGGUUUCCGGUCAAAGGAAUCCGAGUCGACGUGCCUAGCUCCGGCCUUAUUUACUUCGACGUUGGUGUUGUUCGCAAGCAAUACUCUUUGUCUUUGUUCGAAACGCCGAGAGAUUGCGUCGCUGCUCUCCGUGAAAACGAGAUCAAACUCUUGGGAGAAACAGUAUUUAGCCGGAGUUUAAGAAAUGUUGUUAUACUAUACCAGAAAGAUAGACAGAUUCUUGAAGAUACUUGUACUGUUUUGGUCUCAAAAUCUUUGGCAUGA